AUUUCGCUCUCUCUCGUCAUGCCGAAGACACUGAAAACGAUUGUGAUCUUUGCGAUGGUCCCGACGUUAGCGAUGUUCGUCUGCUCGACGUUUUCCGUCGCUACCGCGGUGCCGCAGCAGGGAACGUCAUCCGACGACGAAGCCGAUAAAAUACAACAUUUAGCAACAAUAGAGCCCCGAGACUUUGUCAGCCUUCCAUAACAAGUCAAUCAAGUUCAGGGUAUGGCCUCGGUGAAGUUCGACAAAUGUCCCCGAACAAAUUACAUGACGUAUACAACCCGAGAGUGUCAUAAAUUAUAAUUAGUCUAUGCUGUGCGUAAAACGAACGGGAUUACAGACCAAAGUACAUACUUUUAUUAUCUAUAUAUCUCGGUUUGAAGAUUUCAAACCUUGAACUGCUGUAUACAUAUAUACGUUUAUAGGUAAUAUAACUUAAGUAGUCAAGUGUACACGCGGUGCAUGUACAAUGUACAUAUUAUAUAUAGGUGACAUCCCGAUUUUUUCGGUUGUCCACAUGAAUACGAAUUAUUAUGUUAAAUAUUGGUGUAUACAUAGUCAUUGAAGUUCACUAACCCGUGUGUUGCUUGUUGAUAACUUUUUGUGUGUAUAUUAUGCAAUAAUAAUCAAAGUCGUAGCUGGUAUUAUAACGUUAAUCCGGUACGAUUAUGUUUCAAAAAAACGCGCAGCAUAAUAUUAUAAUCAUAUAAUAGGUAUAUCUACAAUGUAUAUAAUCUGUAAAUAUUAGAUUAUUUCUACGUAGUAUUUAUAGGUGAUAACCCAAUCAUUCGUAGGCUUAUAUAGUCUUUCAACAUUUUUUUCGGGAAAUAUUUUUUCUUCACAAAAUACAUAAUUUCCAGCGAUAUUCAAAUUAAAAAAAAAUAUCAAAACUAAGUACCAUUAUAGGUAUCUAUAUAGGUGUAUAUAUACUUGAGCACCGCGGAAGUAUUGCGAAAGCAGUUCCCAAGACGACGUCGGUUCAUAACUGAAAAAAAAUAUAAAAGAAAGCUGUGGUGGACGAACAGUCGAAUUUUGUGCGUUUUGUGUACUCGGAAAUGUCGCCUGUGUACCGUUGUAACAACAGCUUGGAAUGCCCGGCUGACUUCGGUUUCACCAGGUGCGAAAAUCACCUGUGUAUGUGUGACGAAAAUUUCUAUCAGGUAUUGAACAAGACUUCUGAGACUACCUACUGCCGUCUAUGUUCACUGUUUCAAGAAAGCUGCGCUGUCACACAAUGCUGUGAAAAUCCGCAUGCCACGUUUUGCUUCAACGGCUUGUGCGUGUGCAGGCCUGGAAUGGACGAAGAAUGUCUUUUGUUGAUUUACAGAGGCAGAUAUACCCCGACGCUUGGCAUUCAGUUGGCCAACACUCUUUCAGUGUCGUUCGCAUUCGUCUUCCUUGCCAUCACAUUCAUAGCGGUCGUCAGGAAAACGUUGUUCAGGUGCAGCUUUUGCAGAUGCGAUUCGAUGAGUAGAGUGGGCAGUGACAGUUCGCUGAACGAGUUCGUUAAGCAAAAAAUGCAAAACAGGCCGCCGUGUUACGACGACAUCGAAAAAGACCGUAAAGUUCCUAUUGCUGACUGCAGUACAAGUGUAUGCACUAAUCACCAUCAGCCACCUCCCGAGUACGGCGCUAUUCAUUUCGGACGGACGGGCACUGUCCUGCACGGCUCCUUGAACCCGUCCCUGUCGAUCAGCGACGAAGUGGAAAUGAACACGGCCCCGCCAAACUAUUCGACGUUCACGACCGUCACCGAAAUCACACAGGCGACGACCGCUGAAACGCCAACGUUUAGGAUCAACGACGAAAUCAUUCUCACGCAACCGAUCUACACGAAUCGCGAAUUCUUGCGACUCGCAUAGACAUAUCCUCUGCCGUGACAAUAUCCGCGAGACCCCACUUAGGUUAUAGUAUAUUAUACGUUAGAUAUUAUAUUAUUGCGUUGUACGACUUAUACACACGACCAGUCUCACGAUCUCUAUGUAUUUACUACAGAUCACGGCGUAUUAUGUUUACGGACUUGGGUGAAAUAUACGAUAAUAUAUUCCGUCCUAUAUAUAAUAAUAUGUACCCGGAUAUGUACCUAUACAUGUGUGAUAAUAUUUUGCGACGUCGUGUGUGACUGUUUUCGCGUUUUUCGUAUAAUGAUUAUUUUUUGUCCCCCCCCCCUUCUCGUGCUGUACGUUACCUACCAAUCUAUGUACAUAAUAUAUAUAUAUAAAUAAUAUAAAUAACGGGCGAAUAUGACGAUCGACGACUGAAGACUACUGAUUCUACAUCGACCGCUUAGUAUCUAUAUGUGAUUUACUCGAACCCACGUGUCCAUAAUAUUAUGUUAGUCGUGCGUAUUUUGAACGACGUUCGACAUAAUUAUUGUUAUACCUAUUGUUUUUUUUUUUUGUUUUGUUUUUUAUUUUCUUUCGUUGUUCAGUAUUUGUACCUAUUUGUAUUUUGUUAUUUUUGCACGACUUAAUUAUAUUAUAUAUUGUAUACGCGCUCCGUAUACAUCUUAUUUUUGUACAUAUACAUGUUCAUUAUCAUCAGUGAUAUGUUUAUUAAUGUGAUAGUAUAAUAGUAAUAAGUAGUUAUUAUUAUACCUAAACAGACAAACACGUGAGUAAUUAAUACCUGUACGGCUAUACCUACGUAAACUGUGGCCUAUAUUAUAUUUUUACCUACGCACUCUACGUACGACUGAUGUGAUGUUAUAUUAUAAGUGAUGAACGUUAAACCCGCGUUGUUAACGUCAUCCGUUAAAAAUAUCUUUACGCAUGUGUUAUGAUCGUGUACAUACGUAUAUGAAUAUUUUUUUAAUGAUAAAUAACGAUAAUAAAAUAUAUACGUUUACUAUAAGAUAAUUACUUUUUCUGGAGAUAUCGUAUGUACUGUAUCUUUACUUUUGUCUGUUAUACGAUGUGUAUUAUAUUUUUAUAUUAUACGCAUAAA